AUAUCUAUAAUCUAUCCCCCUUCCACUUCAAGUCAAAAAUCACUUACUAAAAAAAAAAGAAAAAAAAGAAUUAUUUACUGUGACGCCAAAAGGGCAAAAGGGAUUUCAUUUCAUUCUAUUAAAUUAGUAGUGUUGAGUGCAUUCUUCGAUCACGGAUUCAAGGUAAUGGCUUCUGCUGAACCUUCAGAUGCAGUAAUUAGGGAGCCGAUGCAAGUCAUUAACGGUACUAGGAAACCCAGAAUUCUUCUGGCAGCAAGUGGAAGUGUGGCUGCCAUAAAGUUUGCGAACCUCUGCAGCUGUUUUUCAGAUUGGGCAGAGGUUAAAGCCGUUGCCACACAAGCCGCUUUACAUUUCAUUGAUCAAGCAUCACUUCCUAAGGAUAUGGUUCUUUAUACCGAUGAACAUGAAUGGUCAAAUUGGUCAAAGAUAGGAGAUACCGUGCUCCAUAUAGAGCUUCGUCGUUGGGCUGAUGUUAUGGUCAUUGCCCCGUUAUCAGCAAAUACUCUUGGGAAGAUCCUCAAAGUACCUUUCAACAAAUACAAAAAGAUAGCUGGUGGACUGUGUGACAACUUGCUGACUAGCAUCGUUCGGGCGUGGGAUUAUGAAAAACCGAUUUUUGUGGCUCCAGCUAUGAACACCUUUAUGUGGACGAAUCCUUUCACAGAAAGGCAUCUUAUGUCAAUAGAUGAACUCGGAAUCACUCUUAUACCACCUGUGUCAAAGAGGCUUGCUUGUGGGGACUAUGGAAAUGGUGCAAUGGCUGAACCGUCUCUCAUCUUCUCAACAGUAAGACUCUUCCUGGAGUCUCAACCAAUUGCAGGUACCACUUAGAAUCACUAGUUUUGUUGCAUUUCUCUUGUUUGUAGUGUUAUGAGAUUAUGAGACCGUAAUGUUAUUGAUUGUUUUAGCUUUCAUUAUUUCAAUUGUGAUUGUCUUGGGACCUUUCUGUAACUACAAUAAGUAUAUAGGGAAGUAGAAACUUGAUAGAGGUUGCGUGUUA